CUUCUAGUGAUAAACGGAGAGUCUUAGCUUGCGGUUACACAGCUCUUAGUCAUAGGGUUUUAGGAAGUUUGUGUAGAUGGAAGUUUUAGGCUCAUCCGAGUACAAUCUAGAGACUCUAUCGGACGAUGCGAUUCGGGAAAUUACAGAAAGCUACGAUGGGUUUUUCACCACCGUGGAGUCUCUCAUUGCCGGCGCCGGAGACUCCUCAGUCGAGAAGGAGUUCGUGUCUCAUGUUUCUACUCUCUGCAAGUACGGCCUUGAUUCUCUUGUUCGUGACCACUUCCUCACAUCACUCGAGCAAGCUUUUCAGAAGACUGGUGCUGCAUUGAGUUUUUGGGAUCAUCUUGAUGAUUACUGCGGCAAGAACCAUACUGAUUACGGAGAAGAGAUUCACCAAGUGUUGUGCAAAGCUUUGGAAGAAAUAUCUAGAGAGAAGCAGUACCAUGACAAGUGUACGUCCAUGGUUGUUCAUGCUUUGAAGUCGUUUAAAGAAGAAAGGCUGAACUCAGAUGCUGAAAGAGUUGAACUACUUUUUUCGAGAUUCCAGUCAAUGUUGUCUUCUACUUUGAUGACUACUCUUCCUCAGCAUUUUCCUGAAAUACUGCACUGGUAUUUUAAGGAAAAGCUGGAGGAGCUAAGCGCAAUCAUGGAUGAAGAUGAUACUCAAGAACUGGAGAGUGAUGGCAUGGAUUUGGACGAGAGUGGCGAAAUGGAUGCUGACGAAGGCUAUUCAAGACAUGACGAGUUGGUGAAGAACAUUGGGAAGGUGGUCCGUGACCUUAGAAGCAUUGGUUUCACUUCUCUGGCUGAAAAUGCUUAUGCUUCUGCAAUCUUCUUGCUUCUCAAGGCAAAAGUACAUGAUCUGGCUGGUGAUGAGUACAGGACUUCUGUUUUGGGACCAAUAAAAGAAUGGAUUCAGGCAGUCCCUCUUCAGUUCCUUAAUGCGCUUCUUUCUUAUCUUGGUGAUUCCAUAAGUUAUGGUACCACAUCAUCUUGCCUUACCUCUCCUCUGGCUUGUUGUCCAUCUCCAAGUUUCUUCAAAGUGGUGACUCCUUCCCAAGGAACUGUUCGGUGGAAAUUAAGGCUGGAAUAUUUUGCGUAUGAGACACUGCAAGAUUUAAGGAUAGCCAAUCUAUUUGAGAUCAUUGUUGAUUAUCCCGAGAGUUCUCCUGCUAUUGAAGACUUGAACCAGUGCCUUGAAUACACUAGACAGCACUCUAAGCUAGUCGAAUCUUUUAUCUCGUCGCUGAAAUAUCGUUUGCUUACUGCUGGUGCGUCAACGAAUGAUAUAUUGCAUCAGUAUGUGUCGACCAUUAAAGCCCUUAGAGCAAUAGACCCAGCUGGUGUGUUUCUGGAAGCAGUGGCUGAGCCAAUCAGAGACUAUUUACGCGGACGGAAAGACACCAUUAAAUGUAUUAUUACUAUGCUUACGGAUAGAAGUGGACGGAAUGCAAAUGGUUCCCCUGGGGAUAGUCUUCUUGAAGAGUUGAUGAGGGAUGAAGAAACUCAAGAGAAUGUUGGUUUUGAUGAUGAUUUUCACACUGAUGAUAAGCAAGCAUGGAUCAAUGCAUCUCGAUGGGAACCAGACCCAGUCGAGGCUGAUCCUUUAAAAGGUAGCCUCAGUCAGAGGAAAGUAAACAUACUUGGACUGCUUGUUGAUAUAAUUGGAUCUAAAGAACAACUAGUAAACGAAUAUCGUGUCAUGCUCGCUGAGAAGCUUCUCAACAAGACUGAUUAUGACAUCGACACUGAGAUACGCACUGGCGAGCUUCUCAAGAUACAUUUUGGAGAAGCUAGUAUGCAAAGAUGUGAGAUAAUGCUGAACGACCUGAUUGAUUCUAAGAGAGUGAACACUAACAUUAAAAAGGCAUCUCAAACAGACAUUGAGUUAGGAGAGAGUGAGCUGUCUGUUGAUAUUCUUACCUCGACGAUACUUUCAACAAACUUCUGGCCACCAAUUCACGAUGAGCCUCUAGAGUUACCUGCUCCUAUUGACAAGCUGCUAUCAGAUUAUGCCAAUCGGUAUCAUGAAAUCAAAACCCCUCGUAAGCUACUCUGGAAGAAAAAUCUUGGCUCUGUCAAGUUGGAGUUGCAAUUUGAAGACAGGUCCGUGCAGUUCACAGUUUCCCCCACACAUGCAGCAAUUAUCAUGCAAUUUCAAGAAAAGAAAAGUUGGACCUCUAUAGAUCUUGCUGCAACCAUUGGAAUACCCAUUGACCUAUUAAACCGAAGAGUAAACUUCUGGAUAAGCAAGGGAGUUUUGAGAGAGUCAAAUGCUAAUGUGUUUACACUUGUUGAGUCCAUAACUGAUUCUGCAAAGAACGAAAGCGAGGAGCUUUUGGCAAGUGACGAAGAGAGUGAAAGAUCGAUAGCCUAUGUGGAAGACCAGCUUCGCAAAGAAACGACAAUAUACAAGAACUUCAUUAUGGCAAUGCUCACAAAUGGUAGCAUGGCAGUAGAUGGGAUCCAUAACAGACUCAAGAUGUUCUAUGUAGCUGAUCCUGCUUAUGACAAGUCACUGCAACAGCUUCAGAGCUUUCUUUCUCGGUUAGUCGCUGAAGAGAAACUAGAGUUAAGAGAUGGAAUGUAUUUGCUAAAGAAGUAGUAGAACUAUUUUAUAUUGUGUUUAUGAUGAUGAAGUAGUUUUGUCAUUUGUAUCAAAAAUAUCUCGUCGUCCCUUUAAUGAGUUCUCUAAUAUCAAAAUCUGAAAUCCCGAAC